AUGAAGAUAUGUCUACGCUAUCUCAGUGAACCUGGAUAUCAACAAGGUAUUGGUCAGGAACUUGGUGUUAGUCAAGCAACGGUGUCUCGGACUGUGGAUAGAGUUGUGAACAGCAUAGUUGCACAGUCGAACGAAUGGAUCAAGUUUACAACUACCAACCAUGAACUGAUGGAGGCCAAGCGGAUAUGGCAAAGCAUGUAUAAAUUUCCGGCAACAAUUGGUGUAAUUGAUUGUACAUAUAUAGAAAUCCUGAAACCAAAUCGCCAUGGAGAUGAGUAUAUCGACCGAAAAGAGAUGUUCACAAGUGUUGAUGUCAGUUGGCCUGGUUCAGUGCAUGAUUCCAGAACAUGGAGAAAUUCACAGACUAGAUCACAACUAAUAAAUAAAGCAAAUGUUGAACUACUUGGCGCUGACGGUUAUGGCAUUGAGCCAUGCCUUAUGACUCCCGUCAGAAAUCCUACUCCAGGUGCAGAAAUUAAUUAUAAUAAGCUUUUAAAACAAGAAAGAGUUAUAAUUGAACGCUGUUUCGGCCAACUGAAACGCCGGUUUCCUAUGAAGAUGAAGGAAACCAUGAGAAUGACGAACUUCCUCUCCGCCAACUAG